AUGGUGGGGCUUCGAACCUUGUGCCUCUGUCCACUCUAUCUGAAGCCGGUGGUACAUAACAGCCAACGGUACAUAGACGCCUGUUCCCAGUGUAGGGGAGUUGCCGAUCCAAAGGCCUGGCCUCAGGAGUUAUCCUGUGCCACCUGUACCAUCAAGAUCAAGAUCAAGACCCUGCUACAGGAAAAUAGUAAGGCUCGAGAAAGAUUUGCUAAAUUGAGAGUAAGGACAGCCCAUAAUCUGCUGGCGCUCCAGCCCAUCUUGUGCUUGUGUCUACAACUAGAGGAGCAGAAAUCAAGACCUAGCCUGAGGGACAAUAUAUUUGCUGGCUUGCAGAUCAAACUACAAAAACUGGAAGAUGUACCUGCACCAAGUCAUGUGGAAAGUGACAACAUGAGUGUUACUUCAGUGAGUCAGCAAAGCUGGUCAGGGACCAAGGCUGAUAAGAGGAAAAAGAGACAUCAAGAACUUUUGGAAAAAAUUGAUGUUGUCCGAGCUGGACAGAUAGCAGAAAAGAAUCGCAAGAAACGUGAGAAGACUGUCAUAACUGGGGACAUGCAUCCAUUACUUAAUGCACUAGCCUUCACUUGGGGAACUUAUGGCAUCAAAAAGUAAAAACAAGAGGUGUGUGACCUAAAAACACUUCAUGGAACCCCAAAGCAGAAAACAGCAAAAAAAGAAACCUUGGCAGACAUCCAGAUGUUCACCUCUAUCCACGAAGACCCUCAUUUCAUCAAGGAUCCAUUUAGGGCAGUGGCACUCGCACUUGAGAACAGAGUUUUGUAUGAAGAGGAUUAAGCUAUUGCCCUGUGAUUUGUAUUUUUCAGACAUGUAAUAAAAUCUAUAAUAUUAA